AUGGGGAUCGUGGAGGAGGCACACAACCUGCGGGUUGUCGGGGAGGGGAAGCGCGGAGUGAUCGUCCUGGCGCACGGCUUCGGUACGGACCAGUCGGUGUGGAAGCACCUGGUGCCGCACCUCGUCGCCGACUACCGCGUGGUCCUCUUCGACACCAUGGGCGCCGGGCCGACCAACCCAGACUACUUCGAUUUUUCCCGCUACGCCACGCUCGAGGGAUAUGCGCUCGAUCUGCUUGCCAUCCUGGAGGAGCUCGGGAUCGCCUCCUGCAUCUACGUCGGCCACUCUGUCUCCGCCGUAAUCGGCGUGCUCGCCUCCAUCUCCCGUCCCGACCUCUUCUCCAAGCUUGUACUCCUCUCCGCUUCUCCCAGGUACCUCAAUGAUGUGGAUUACUAUGGGGGAUUUGAGCAGGAGGAGCUUGAUGAGCUCUUUGAAGCGAUGAGAUCAAACUAUAAGGCCUGGUGCUCAGGUUUUGCACCACUCUGUGUUGGAGGGGACCUGGAAUCAGUGUCAGUUCAGGAGUUCAGCCGAACUCUCUUCAACAUUCGCCCAGACAUAGCCCUGAGUGUUGUCCAGACGAUCUUCCAGAGUGAUGUGCGCACCCUCCUACCGCUUGUCUUGGUCCCAUGCCAUAUCGUUCAGAGCACCAAGGACCUCGCAGUGCCAGUUGUGGUGUCAGAGUACUUGCACAAGCAUCUUGGUGGCGACUCCAUCGUUGAGGUGAUGCCAUCUGAGGGCCAUCUCCCCCAGCUUAGCUCACCGGACAUUGUCACCCCCGUAUUGCUCCGACACAUCCAGCAUGACAUUGCAUUCUAA